CCAGCUGAAUAAUUACGGAUACAUACGCGUGUGUAUACCGGUCAGGUGCGCGAAACCGUAACCGUAGUGGAAGCCCGGGGCAGUCCACAGUUUGGCAAGCUGAUCGAGCCGCUAUCAGUACUUCUCAGUGAUCACUGCGAUCCAGGAUGAUCGUUCUUGCGUGGUCCUUGUUCGUGCUGGUCUCAUUGCUCAUCACGACCAAUCAAGCCUUCCUCGCUGCUCCCAUAUCAGUUCACGGAGUGUCGAGUUACGAUGUCACUGGCGCUCAGAGACGAUUGGAGAGCAACGAGGUGAUUCAUAAAGCUAAUAACAACCACCAACACCUAACCGAUUCGACAACUGAUGAACGUGACGACGAACAAACCGUCUACGUAAUCGAAUUUGAGUCCGAAUCAAACGAGAAAGUAGAAACUCUACAAAACAAGGGAAAAGGCGGACCAACUGCCGACGGAAACAGUCAGAAUCCUUUGGACCCAUGGUCGAUUGUCUGGUACAUAGGUUCAUUCGGCGGCCUAGUUGCCUUUUUCCUCAUAGUCAGCUGUUCGGAAUGGUGUUGCCGUCGUGGUGGAAGACCAUUGACAGUUCCGUAUGCCCAACGAGGUGAGGUGAUCAACGGUGGACCGGUAGUAACGGAAACACCACCCCCGCCGUACCAUUUGUUCGCACCUCCUCCAUACGAUUCUGUAAACUAUGGUGAAAUCAUGGACAAAACUUCCGGUGAAAAAGUGGACAUCUAUGUGAUAUCAGUGCCGAUUCACAGACCCGUGGUACAAGUUCCAGCCUAAAAUUUCCUUAUGAUAAUCCUCGAGCAGAGGAUAUAC